UUAAUCUCGCUGAACACAGCUUCUUCUUUAACAGUGUCUUUUUCUAAAAGACACAGUAAGCCUUUAUCAGAUGUUCUGUAGUUGUACUCUGUGGGAACUUUUUGUUAACCAGUCAAUGUAAAAUUAAGACAGCAUGAGGCAGUUAUUUCGGUUUUUGUGAGGAAACAUAGAAGUACAAUGAGUCACAUGACGUACAUGUCAAAAAUUAUGAAAUGCACUUGCAGAGCUACCCGUUGUGGCGACACCUUGUGGCGAGGGAGCAGAUAAAAGUAGUUCCUGAUUUAAACUAAGGAAAGAGUAUAAAAGCACUGAUGUCAAAGCUGUUAAGCAUCUUCUCACUGGAAACCUGAAGCUACUGGGUGGUGCUGUCAAGAAAUAAGAGACGAUAUUCAACAAAAGAGAUUCUGAACAUCACCAUGAAGCUGCUGACCGUGUCUGCACUUCUUUGUAUAGUGAUGGUUGUGACCAUUGGUGCUGGAGAGCAUCUUGUAUACAAGAAGCACUGGUAUUUGGGUUGGAGUAGAUAUGGAAACCGAUACUUCCGCUACUUUCCCUUUCGCUAUACUUGGGCGGAAGCUCAGAGAUACUGUCAGUUAAAGAAGGCAAACCUGGCAUCUGUACGCAGCCUUGGAGAGUACCGCAAGAUUCAGAGGGUCAUAUAUCGUUCCACUCACAGUUACCCAGUUACAUGGAUUGGAGGCUCUGAUGCUCAACAGGAGCGUUAUUGGUUUUGGAUUGAUGGAACUCCUUUUACAUACACAUACUGGUGUCGUGGAGAGCCGAACAAUGUUUGGCACAGAGAGCACUGCAUGCACAUGAACUGGACAGGACGGAAGUGUAUGAAUGACAAACCCUGUAACUACCGAUACCCAUUUGUCUGCGUCAGGAAAAGAAGAUAAUUCCUUGUCUGACAUGAAGCCAUAGUUCACCGAACAAAGAAGCAAAUAAUCUCAAUUACCCCAGAAGAAUCUGUUUUAUAUCUUUACUUCUUUUCUUUUGCUGUAAUGCUACAUAAGGAAUGAAUGGGGAAGCGACGUAACCUGGAGCUGGAUUGUCUCUCUUAAUAGCAUCAAACUGAACGUGUAAUGGAAAGAAUGCUUUUAGGAAAACUUUAUUUCCCUGCAUGAACUCUUCUUUCUCACCUUUAUCAUUAAAAUCUUAAGCAUUGGAUCAAA